CGGUGAAUCAGAUUAAGCGAGAUUCCGAACGAAGGGAAGAGACAGGGAGAGACGGCGGCGUUUAACUAACUUGCUGCUCGAAGCACAGAUACAGUUCAACUUCAAAUGCAGAGAGAGUAGGCUGUGCAUCCAGCCUCUGCAUGGCGCUUUCCCAUAGAGGAACGUACAGCAAGACUUCGCCAGUUUGGAUUUAUUAAGAGUGCAUGGUAUAUAUGUAAUACUCCCUGUCUACUUCCCUACCCACCUCGCCCCCACCCUUACCCUCGCCCCUUAAACACCACAACCCACCUACAACACCUGCCCGGGCGGAUCAUCCUCGGAUGGGGCUCGCUGUCUUGUUCGGAAGAUGCUGGUGUUACAGCGGGGGAGCUCAGUACUGCUAGGACCGGAGUUGUUGCUGUUUCUUCUGCAUGUCCCCGAGUUCUGCCAGCGCCGCUUUUAUUUUGGGGGCAGGCUGCUGGUUUGAAAUGAGAUUCUUCACAGCAGCGGCGGCACUGCCGGAGCCUUAUCACGGCCGGCAGCGCAGCAGGACACUGAGCCAGUGGCUUUUGAGAGCGAUGGUAACGUUUGUUGCAACCUUACCCGUGCAGCAACUUGGCGCUUUCCCUACCUCCCUGAGCGAUUGCCAAACUCCCACAGGGUGGAACUGUUCUGGUUUUGAUGACCGAGAUAACGACCUGUUCCUCUGUGACACGAAUACGUGCAAGUUCGACGGGGAAUGUUUGCAGAUUGGAGAGACUGUGACAUGUGUCUGUGAAUUCAAGUGCAACAACGACUAUGUGCCAGUGUGUGGCUCUAAUAAGGAGAACUACCAGAACGAGUGCUUACUGCAGAAAGACGCCUGCAAGAGGCAAACUGAGGUCCUGGUGAUGUCCGAGGGAGCCUGUCCAGUCGAUGCAGGAUCAGGCUCUGGGGAUGAAGCUAACGAGGGCUCUGGAGAGACGAGCCAGAAAGAGACGUCCACCUGCGAUAUCUGCCAGUUCGGAGCCGAGUGCGACGAGGAUGCAGAGGAUGUCUGGUGUGUUUGCAACAUCGACUGUUCUCACAUUAGCUUCAAUCCCGUCUGCGCCUCUGAUGGCAAGUCCUAUGAUAACCCGUGUCAGGUGAAGGAGGCUUCCUGUCAGAGGCAGGAGAGGAUUGAGAUGAAGUAUCUGGGUAGAUGUCAAGAUAAUAUAACCACUGGAGACGGACAUUAUGCACGCACAGACACCACAGAUGAGAGCUGGAUAAAAGAGGAGAAUGCUGCCAAGGAGACGGCUCGAGGGCUGUACAUCCCCUGUCCAGAGCACUACUCGGACUACUGCGUCAACGGGAAGUGUGAAUACCCCGGAGACCUGCUGCAGCCCUCCUGCAGGUGUGACGCUGGCUUCAGCGGGGCGCACUGUGACAAGAAGGACUUCAACGUGCUGUACGUGGUCCCAGGAGCCGGAAAGCUGCGCUACGUCCUGAUCGCCUCCCUCAUCGGGGCUGUGCAGGUGGCCAUCAUCUGCGUCGUGGUGCUGUGUAUCACGCGCUGGGGAUGCAGACACCACAGCCCUCCUGUUAAGCCAACUUCCUGCACAGCUAACAAGAAAAUGCCCAAGAAGCAGCAGGAUAAACCGACAGAAACAAAACGCGACGCAUUACAGUUCAGACAAUACGACGCGAGCUUCGACCCGGUUGAUUUAGGACCAUGUGACCGUGCAAGAAGAGUAAACAGUACCUACCCCGUACCCCCCCACCACGGACUGCUCUGAGCUGGGUACACUGACGGAGGGGGCCGGGGGCAGGAUUAACACGUGUUGCCUUGCAUUUGUGGUAAACUACACCAAUGAUUACUGUACAAGAUACUACAGCUAUAUUUGAUUAUGUAUGGAUAUAGUUCAAAUAGUUAUACAUUGUCUUGAUGGGGUUUUUUCUGUAAUGUAAAU